GGUCGCCCGUAAGUCCCAUACUAAGUGCCUCCUCCUCCUCCUCCUCCUCCGUUCUAGUCUCCACAGGCAGACGUAGAUAAUUCCCUUGUCUGACCUCCGUUCGCGACGUCUUCCCCCUGCCUGAGCUGUGCAUCGACAGCUCCCAACUGCCAACAACCACUGCGGCACCGCUUUUCGACAUUUGCAUCUGAUCCCUUUCGAGGCUGCUCUUAAGCUGAUUCUCCCUUGUCUCCCCCGAAAUCGACCAUGGCGACCCUCGUCCGUACCCAGACCUCCCCGCCGACCUCCGACGCGACAGAAAUUGGGAACUCACGCCAACAGUACUGGGACGACCUGCAAAGGAGCGUUCCGGCACCAUUUCCCACCCGCGCUGAGAGAGAACAAGAGGAGCUCUUGCACGAAGUUGCGUCCGAGUCCCUGCAGGACCACAAUCUUGGGCACGCUACGCAAGAGGCUAGCCAACAGCGUGCGGCCUCACAAGACCUCAGUUCCGUCGGUUCUGCGACCAUCUCGCGGACACAAGAGAUGAUGCAGGUGACGGGCCCAUCGGUACUGGGCGAGGUGCGGCGUGGUGAAUCUCUGUCCGAGGAUGUGAUGCCAUCUAUCGUCCAUGUCCAAAACUCCUGUAUAACGACUCUUAACGACCUACUCUCACACACACCGCAAUGGCGACCCAUCAUACCAGACCGCCGACACUCCAUGCCACCGUGCUCCCCAUCUUCACCCGGCUUCAGCGCGCAACCUUCGUCCUCCUUGUACACACUAGUAACGAAUCUCCGGGCCCUCGACGCCGGGCGCGACGCGUCCUCUGGGCCCUCAUCUUCGACAGCGAGCGACGAUGCUGUGCUGAUCCGCGAACUGCAAACACGAGCGAGCCGACUGACAGACUCGGACGUCUUCCCACCCCAGGAUGUUGUCCUUGUCCGUAGACUCGCAUCCUUGAUCGGACACUUUCACCGCCUCGCAGCCUCGCAGCCAACGAGCUCCGCGCCUACAUUGACGCGUGUUGCCUCUUGGGGCAGUGGUAUGCCCUCCAGCACUCCCGCAGACCCGAUCGCAGCCCUGGGCCGCGAAUUGAGUGACCUGCAGCUCGCCCGAGACGCUAGUACAUCGCCUUCGCGCGUGGUGUCUCCUGUGCAGCUGGUAGAGGGGGAACUCCUGUGGGCGCAGGUGGAUGAAGAACUCGAGGAAGUAUUGUCACUAUGUCGGUCGCGAACAAGUCACCCUCCCGAGCAGCCUCCAGACUACGAAGCUGCGUGGUACGACGUCCAGAUGGAAAGCGAAGGCCUUCCGCAGUACGAAGCCGGGUCCUCUGGAUCGCGAGAAGAUUUACUGAAGGCGGGCACUUCUAAAGCUUCCAUCGCAGCAGCGGACACCUCCAGCAUAUUGGAGCGCGGAAGCGCAGCGGCCCUUAGCGAGAAAAUGCGGAUGGACCUCGAAGCUGUCACCCUGGCGAUUGACCGUCUCUACCUUGUUGCGCCACAGCUGCACAAUCAGAGAGUAGAACUGAAAAAGAGCAAGGUCGAGGAGAUGGAGAAGGCGAGCCGUGGAGGGGCGUUGGCGCGCAAGGGAAAACAGCGCGAGAGGGAACCCAGCGACGCGCAGGAGCUGGAGAGGAUGGUGGAUCUCAUCGGGAGAGCAUCGGAGAGACGAAUCACAGACCAGGCGGUCGUUCUGGAGGGCGGACUGCAGCGGAAGCUCGAGCAGGCGAGGCAGCGGGAUCUCGAGAACCGAGACGCGUUCGUCGAGUCACUCCUGCGGCAUGCCGGUGCGGGCAGACUACAUUCACAAGACGCCGUCCUGACACCACCCGGGAGCACGUCGCGAGUGAAGGUAAAGGACCCAGAAGCGCUCUUGUCGCUCCCCGAGUUCAUGCGCGAGGCCAUCCCCGAGCCUGUCCAGCUAAAAAUGCAGAUGGAGAAUCCGACUGCGCUGCUCACUCUACCGGAGUUCGUGAAGGAGCCUAUCCCGAGGGAGCUGGAGCCGCUGCCCGCUCCCGCGCCUCCGAAGCGGAAGAACUCGCUGGGUAAGAGCGUGCGGAGUAGGAGUAUGUCAGCACCGCCGCUGGCGUGGCUGUUGUCUUCGUCAAGGUCGUCUUCGCCUACGACGGGCACUCCGACGACGGAGGCGAAGAAGUCAAGAGCGUCGAGGAUGCGGAGGGUCGGGUCGUCAGUGGCGAUCAUGCCCACGUUGCAGACCAAUCUGGAGGUGACGUACGUCGCGGAGUACCACGAGACCCUGCAACAUGUUCUGGUAUUCCUGAACAUUGCUGGCAUGAUGCCUGGUGCGACAUUGGAAGCAGAGGUCCUGCCUGCAGCGCAGAUUCCGGGGAAGGCGAGCGACGGGUAUGAAUGUCUCAUACUCAAGUGUGGCCUCAGCACGUCGCCGUUCCUUCGCCUCCCCACGCGCGUCUCACCAGGGAAGAAGGAAGUGCAACCUGCAGGCCAACACUUUCAGGUUAAGCUCUCUGUCUUGGGCGGGCCUGCCAAUGGGAAUGGCCCUUCAACCUCCGUGCAUAGCACGCUCAUGGAUGCGUCGCGCCUUUCCGCGAUGCGCGCCACAAGCUACGUCUGUGCGUCGUGCUCCUUGCCCCUCGUCCACGGGUCGCAGGUCCAGGACUACCGCGAUCUGCCCUCCGAACACUGGGCGGAGCUCGUCGACGCGUGGAUGUGCCAUUCGGACCAGAAGCUGCACGAAAAUGUCAAGAAGCGCUCGACGCAGGGCUUCUGGCCGACCGAAGGACACGCGCUCGUGGGCGGGAGUUAUAUCCUGUUCGAGCAGUCGGCGAUGUCUGCGCACAAUCUGUACGCGGUUGAUCCUGUGGAUGAGACCAAGCAUGAUGAUUGGGAGCGGGUACGUUGUAUAUGCGGAUCCAUCGUCGGACGACGCCGUGAACACGAACCCUCUGGAGGGGCACCCUACUUAGUGUACAGGCUAGCAAAAUAUGCCAUACGACCACUCAGCCCAGCCCAUGAACCACCUCGGAUACCCCUUUCAGCAUUUGUCGCGGAAGACAUGAACGAGUUUGUGCAUGCCCACGCGACGUACCGCUUCGUGAUCCUGGACGAGGAAGAGGAGCGACAGCGCUUGUUGAUCUGGCUCUUCAAGCCGAGCAUGCGCUUGGCGUACACUACACCGACGGAGUACGUCAUGCCCAAGAGCGCGUCGAUCCACGCGGCGAAGGUUCUGUUUAAGAUUCUCGGGCCCUCUGCGGUGUACACUGACAUUCAGUCUGUUUUGAACAAGUACCCGGGCUUUCCGCAGGCGGAGCACCUCUACUACCCGCGCGACAUCUGUAGACGGCUCGCGGGGAUGCUCAGGGAGAGCAACACCGCUUACCCAGAAGGCAUGCGCACUAUGACUGGACUGGAUGUCGGCUGGUUGCAGCGUGCAUAGACGCUAGACGUGAUACCCUUCGAGACACUUCGCUGUGCUUGCACUACACUCUACAUGUCGUAGGAAUAUUGUAGAUAUGUAGAUCAUGUUCGUUGUUGUGAUUUACGUCGGAUUUGUGCUGAAACAUCUAGACAUGUUCGUCUGUACUGCUGUGCCUCUGUUGACAUGCCUUUCGACUCAGAUCUGUUGACUGCGCUU